GUCCGAGACGUCGGAGAGCCGGGUGGAGAGAAGCUGAGGCGGCAAGUCAGAGCCCCAGAGACUCAAAGAAGCAGAAAGGGAAGGGAUCCGGUGGAGACCGAGGGAUCUAGGAGAGACUCCAGAGAAAGCGAGGCCGCGGAACCAGCCUGGCAGCCCUCGGGCCUCGCUGCCCCCCGAGUGAAGCCAAGGGCUGUGUGUCCCACAGGCCUCCUUAGAGCCGCUCCUACAGGAGGCCGGGGGGCGCCAGGCCGUCCCGGAGGCGGGCCCUAAACUAUGCCCCCGAAACUGCGGGCGCCUUGGCCGCAGCUACCCCGGGCCGGGUGCGGAGCCGCUGAGUGAGCCAGCCCGGGAGGGAAGCCACUAGGAGUUGGGCGCACCGCUCCCAGCCGGACCGCACUAGCGCCGUUUUCCGCCUCUAGGAUCAGCUCUUGGCGAUCUCCGGCAGCGCGGCUCUGAGAGAGGACCCGAAGCUUCAGCAGUGUUUUCUGAGCCCAGCUCGCACAGUUCCCGGCCUGGCGGCGUGGCUCCGUAGCCUCGCCGGGCAGCCCCUUGGCGCCGAGAGGCGGCAGCGUGGGCCGGCCUGCAGUCUGGAGCGCCCCGAUGGAAAUACACUGUAAGCACGACCCGUUUGCAUCCAUGCAUAGACAUGGAGGAGUGAAUCAGCUUGGGGGGGUUUUUGUGAACGGACGGCCACUCCCGGAUGUAGUCCGCCAAAGGAUAGUGGAACUUGCUCAUCAAGGUGUCAGGCCCUGCGACAUCUCCAGGCAGCUUCGAGUCAGCCAUGGUUGUGUCAGCAAAAUUCUUGGCAGGUAUUAUGAGACGGGGAGCAUCAAGCCUGGGGUAAUUGGAGGAUCCAAACCAAAGGUCGCCACACCCAAAGUGGUGGAAAAAAUCGCUGAGUAUAAACGCCAAAAUCCCACCAUGUUUGCCUGGGAGAUCAGGGACCGGCUGCUGGCGGAACGGGUGUGUGACAAUGAUACGGUGCCCAGCGUCAGUUCCAUCAACAGGAUCAUCCGGACAAAAGUACAGCAGCCACCCAAUCAGCCGGUCCCAGCUUCCAGUCACAGCAUAGUGUCCACCGGCUCUGUGACGCAGGUGUCCUCGGUGAGCACGGACUCAGCCGGCUCCUCCUACUCCAUCAGCGGCAUCCUGGGCAUCACAUCCCCCAGCGCCGACACCAACAAGCGCAAGAGAGAUGAAGGUAUCCAGGAGUCUCCUGUGCCGAAUGGGCACUCACUGCCGGGCAGAGAUUUCCUCCGGAAGCAGAUGCGGGGAGACCUGUUCACGCAGCAGCAGCUGGAGGUGCUGGACCGCGUGUUUGAGAGGCAGCACUACUCGGACAUCUUCACCACUGCGGAGCCCAUCAAGCCCGAGCAGACUGCCGAUUAUUCCACCAUGGCCUCGCUGGCUGGAGGGCUGGAUGACAUGAAGGCCAACCUGACCAGCCCCACUCCUGCCGACAUCGGGAGCAGUGUGCCCGGGCCGCAGUCCUACCCCAUUGUGACAGGCCGCGACUUGGCAAGCACGACCCUCCCUGGGUACCCUCCGCACGUCCCCCCCGCUGGACAGGGCAGCUACUCAGCGCCGACGCUGACAGGGAUGGUGCCUGGGAGUGAGUUUUCCGGGAGCCCCUACAGCCACCCUCAAUAUCCCUCGUACAACGACUCCUGGAGGUUCCCCAACCCGGGGCUGCUUGGUUCCCCGUACUAUUACAGUGCCGCCGCCCGAGGAGCUGCCCCACCCGCGGCUGCCGCUGCGUACGACCGUCACUGACCCCAGGAGCCAGGCAGGUGCCAAGCACUUAUGAC